UUUGUGGCUGACUUACGGCACAGUGAAAUAUAAACAUUUAAAAAAAUAUAGGAUUGAAUUCAAAGACGAAUAACUUCAGAAAUGGCUCUAGAAACAUCGACAUGGUUAAACAAAUGCUUCAUAGAGAAGAUUCUGCAAAAGUGGGAAAACGACAAUUCGAUUCAAGUGAUCGACAUAUUUUCAAAACCGGCCACAAUGAAGGGCGACAACUAUCUCAGCGAUAUGAUUAGGAUUACUGUCGAUUUUUCACGCAGCUCUAUGAUCAAAGAGAAAAAAUCAAUUAUUAUCAAAAUUUCGCCUGUACUUGAAAGUAUUCGACAAAAACUGAUCAUAGAAAUGAAUGUCUUCCAUAUCGAGAUGUUGAUGAUGUCAGAUACUCUGGAUAAAAUGAAUAAAUUAUUAAAACCAAAACACCGCUUGAGCGCGAAGAUUCUGUACGUGCAAAAUGAAAAUCCAACGCUUCUGGUAAUGGAAGAUCUCGCAUCUCUCGAUUUUCGAAUGGCUGAUCGCUUGUCUGGUCUUGACUUAGAUCAUUCCAUAUUGGCCUUUCGCGGUCUUGCCAGGUUUCACGCAGCUUCCGUAGCCCUAUGCGAAAAGGAACCAAAGCAGAAAGAGAUGUAUUUGAAAGGAAUAAUUAAUAGCCAGCAUCCGGCAGAAAUGAAAGAUAUUUUCAUUAAGAGUACUAAAGCUUUAGCAGACGAGAUUAUGAACUGGCCGGAAGUGAAAAAAUACUCAGAAAAAAUUGCUAAACUCUCUGAUCACGUAUAUCAAAUAGGAAUGAAUGCAUUCAAGGUCUGUGAGGAUGAAUUUAAUGUUAUUAAUCAUGGUGAUUGUCACGUGAAUAAUAUGUUGUUCAGAUAUGACAAUAAUGGCAAGCCUAUUGAUCAGAUUUUUGUAGACUUUCAAUUAUGCGUCUACGCAUCGCCGACUAUCGAUCUUCUCUAUUUUCUCAAUUCAAGUAUUUCCUUCGAUGUCAUUGAAAAUAAGAGAGAUAUUCUAUUAAAUGAAUAUCUUGGCACCUUAUCAAUGACUAUGAAGCAAUUGAACUGCAAGACGCAACCGCCCACCAUGAAGGAAUUAAAGGCUGCUCUAAAACGAAAAGCUAGCUAUGGUAUGAUGACUUCUUUUACAGCUUUACAGUUUAUGCUAUGCCAUAAAACUGAGGCGAAAGAUUUGGAUGAAAUGUUAGGCACUGGUACUUAUGUAAAUCCAGGUUUAAAGAAAAUGGCUCUAGAAACAUCGACAUGGUUAAACAAAUGCUUCAUAGAGAAGAUUCUGCAAAAGUGGGAAAACGACAAUUCGAUUCAAGUGAUCGACAUAUUUUCAAAACCGGCCACAAUGAAGGGCGACAACUAUCUCAGCGAUAUGAUUAGGAUUACUGUCGAUUUUUCACGCAGCUCUAUGAUCAAAGAGAAAAAAUCAAUUAUUAUCAAAAUUUCGCCUGUACUUGAAAGUAUUCGACAAAAACUGAUCAUAGAAAUGGAUGUCUUUCAUAUCGAGAUGUUGAUGAUGUCAGAUACUCUGGAUAAAAUGAAUAAGUUGUUAGGACCAAAGCACCGCUUGAGCGCGAAGAUUCUCUACAUGCAAAAUGAAAAUCCAACGUUUCUGGUGAUGGAAGAUCUCGCAUCUCUCGAUUUUCGAAUGGCUGAUCGCUUGUCUGGUCUUGACUUAGAUCAUUCCAUAUUGGUCCUUCACGGUCUUGCCAGAUUUCACGCAGCUUCCGUAGCCCUAUGCGAGAAGGAACCAAAGCAGAAAGAGAUGUAUUUGAAAGGAAUAAUUAAUAGCCAGCAUCCGGCAGAAAUGAAAGAUAUUUUCAUUAAGAGUACUAAAGCUUUAGCAGACGAGAUUAUGAAUUGGCCGGAAGUGAAAAAAUAUUCGAAAAAAAUUGCUAAACUCUCCGAUCACAUCUAUCAAAUAGGAGUGACUGCAUUCAAGAUGUGUGAAGACGAAUUUAAUGUUAUUAAUCAUGGUGAUUGUAAUGUGAAUAAUAUGUUGUUCAAAUAUGACAAUAAUGGCAAGCCUAUUGAUCAGAUUUUUGUAGACUUUCAAUUAUGCGUCUACGCAUCGCCGGCACUCGAUCUUCUCUAUUUUCUCAAUUCAAGUGUUUCCUUCGAUGUCAUUGAAAACAAGAGAGAUAUUCUAUUAAAUGAAUAUCUUGGCAUCUUGUCAACGACUAUGAAGCAGUUGAACUGCAAGACGCAACCGCUCACCAUGAAGGAACUAAAGACUGCUUUAAAACGAAAAGCUGGCUAUGGUAUGAUGACAUCUUUUACCGCUUUACAGUUUAUGCUAUGCCAUAAAACUGAGGCGAAAGAUUUGGAUGAAAUGUUGGGCACUGGUACUUAUAUAAAUCCAGGUUUAAAGAAUGAGAGUUAUAAAAAAAUAUUAAUAAGAAGAUUGCCACUGUAUGACGAGUGGGGUUUACUGGAUCUUUAA